AUAAUAAUAUUAUAUUGUUUUUUCUCCUGCAGACGACGACGACGACGCUUAACAGAUUAUUUUAUCUUUUGUUACAGAAGCAUUGAAGCAUAAUGGCGGCUUUUGUGGCGAAGCAAGUGGUCGGAAACAAAUUAAACGCCGUAAAAGGGGCAGUGGGCGAUGGCGGUGAAUCAGCCGAGGACAAAGAGAAAAACGCAGAAGCAGAGAGGGAACGUUUGGAGGCGAUCCGGGAGGCCGAAGAAAGACGCAAAGAGAAACACCGCAAAAUGGAGGAAGAGCGGGAGAAAAUGAGACAAGAAAUCCGAGAUAAGUACAACAUCAAGAAGAAAGAAGAAUUACCCGAACCGGUACAAGAGGAGCCCGCCAAUCCGUUGAUGCGCAAAAAGAAAACGCCCGAAGAGUUGGCCAAAGAGGCAGAAAUGGAAGAAGAGGACGAAUUUACGAAGUUGAAGAAUACCAUCGAGACACAAGUAAACGAACUCAAGUCUCAAAUCGAGAGCAAGUGCAGCCUCCAAUGAGGUGUGUUAAAAAACAAUGCGGAACAAAUAUGAUAACCUAUGCAAAAAAAAA